GAAGUUAUCUGCAGGGAGGUUAAGAGGCUGGACUCCAUUCUCCAGGCUGCCUCGCGCGCGACCGGAAGUUCUCUCAGGGAAGAGGCCGUCUGGAUGAGGGGGAAACGAGAAGACUCCAUCACCCUAACUAAUCCGCGCGAAGCCGGAAGUUCUGGUAAACUAGAAAAAAGGGAGAGGCGGGGCAGCUCUCCAGCUCUUUGGAGGCGGUCUCGGGAGCGCGAUGGCCAGGGGCCAGUUUUAUGUCUUCUCCCUGGUCCUGGGCACCCUGGGCUCCCUCUGCCUGCUCUUCGUGAUCUACUGGGUGCAGCACUGGCGUGGCGGCCUUGCCUGGGAUAACAGCAGCCUCCUGUUCAACUGGCACCCGGUCCUGAUGGUGGCUGGCAUGGUGGUGGUCUAUGGGGCGGCCUCGCUGGUGUACCGCCUGCCCCAGUCCUGGGUAGGGCCCAAGCUGCCCUGGAAGCUGCUCCACGCCGCGCUGCACCUGGCGGCCUUCAUGCUGGCUGUGCUGGGGCUGGUGGCCGUCUUCAGCUUCCACCAGCACAAGAAGAUCGCUCAUCUCUACUCCCUGCACAGCUGGCUGGGGAUCGCGGCCGUGACCCUGUUCGCCGGCCAGUGGCUCCUGGGCUUCUCCGUCUUCCUGCUGCCCUGGGCGUCCCAGGGCCUGCGCAGCCUCCUCAAGCCCGCCCACGUCUUCUUUGGGGCCACCAUUCUGACCCUGUCCAUGGCCUCGGUCCUCUCCGGAAUCAACGAGAAGCUCUUCUUCAGCCUGAAGAACACGACGGCCCCCUACUCCAGCCUCCCUCCGGAGGCCUGCUUUGCCAACUUCACCGGGAUGCUGGUGGCCGUCUUCGUGGUGCUCGUGCUCUACGUGCUCCUGGUCUCGUCCUGGAAGCGGCCUGAGCCGGGCCUCCUGGCGGACAGACAGCCCCUGCUGCAGGAAGCGCAGUGAGCCCUGAGGGCGCCGGGAGCAGUGGCCUUGUCCCUCCUCCCUGGGCCCUGCUCCGCGGGGGCCCAGACUCCGCCCCUCUGCUUGUCCCGCUCGCUGAUUCGGGCCAUCUGCUCCCCGGCAGCGCCAGCUCCUGUCCUCCGGGCCUUCUCGGGCCUCCCGGGAGUCCCUGCUCGUUUGUCCCUGUGCCAGCUCCGUCGUGCGAAGGCUUGUCCACAUCUGUUACCUCCUCCUGGGUGGUGGCAGCGCCCCCUCUGCCCCCCCCACUCUGGGCCUGAGUGUGGCUGGGCCCACAAUCCUGGGGGGGUGGGAGGCCCUCUGCUCUCUCCCAGCCCUUGGCAGAGCAGCAGGGGGUGCCAUGCCCGUUGCCCCCCUCAGCUUCGGCUCCAGCCGGCCCCACCCCUGGCCCAUGGGGUUCGGCCUCCCAACACUCUGGGCCUUGGCAGCCUCUCACGCUCCUCGGGGGCGCCAUUGCCCGGCUUCCAGAGCCGGCUCUCCCUCGCCCCUCCCUGCCCAGCUGACCCGACUGGACUCCACCGCAGCCCUGUAACGUGCCAGCUCCUGGGCUGACGGGGCCCGGGGAGGGUACACGGGCCCCCCCAGAGGGGCUCGCCAGGGCCACGUGAGGGACUCCUGGGACUGUCUGCCCCUCCCUCGAGAGUUCCUGCAUUUGAGGCUUUCAUCUGCCCUCUCCAUUUCUGGGGGGAUUCUCCUCGUUCCCCCCAAACUAGGCCUGGCUGGGCCCAGGACUCAGACUCUCUGGGCCCAGAGGGAAGAUGGGUGUGGGUGACCGGGCCAGGCCUCCAGAGCCCGCGGCUCCCUGGGGGAGCAGUUGGUAUCAGCAGGGCCACGGUGGCUGGGCCCACUGUCAGGCAGGGCCGAGGGUUUUGUUCUAAAGGCUCCAAGACCCUCAGGCUUCCAGGCCAAGCAUUUCUGCAUAUUCAAAAGGGGAUAAAAGGGGAAACCAGAGUGUUAAGGAUUGCAUUUGGAGCCAAGCGCCCAUGCUGCGGGCAGGACAGGGGCAGCGUGGCCUCUGGAGGCAGAGGGGGGGUGGCUGGCCUCUGGGGGCAGGGGCGGCGUGGGCUCUGGGGGCAGGGGUGCAAGGCAGGGGUGGAUCACCUCUAGAGGCAGGUGUGGCCUCUGGCCACCUGUCCUGGGUUCCGGAGCUCCUCCUGCCCCGCUGAGGGAAGCGUUUUGUAUGUUGGCCCCUUUUGGACUUAAUUGUGUUCUUUGACCUCUUCUUCCCAUUAAAGCUGUUUUCACUGC